CACACACACACCAUCAUCAUCAUCAUGGUGUUUGCAUGCACACACACUAAAGUGACUGAAUCACCUUCUUCCUCGUCUUCUCCUUACCGUUUUUAGAAGAAGUGAAAAUAAAAUGGGUUACAGGACGGUAGUGAUGUACAUGGAGAUAGGCUGCUUCGUGGUGUGCGUGUCAGGGUGGAUCCUGGUGUGUUCCACCAUGCCCACAGAGAUCUGGACCUGGUCUGAGGUCGGCACCAUUGUCUUGACUACGUCCAACUACUUCUCCAACCUGUGGAAGGAUUGUGUGUCAGAUUCCACCGGUGUGUCGGACUGCAAGGGGAUCCCUUCUUUGCUGGCACUCAACUGGGACAUUCACAUGUGCCGAGCCCUCAUCAUCAUCGCCAUCAUCCUGUCCUUCUUCGGCUCGGUUCUGGUCAUGGUGGGAAUGAAGUGUACCAAAAUCGGGGGGUCCGAGCUCGCUAAGGCAAGGGUGACCUUUGCUGGGGGGAUGAAUUACUUCAUCGCAGGUUUGUGCUCCAUGACGGCUUUCUCCUACUACGGAAACAAAAUAAGAGCGGAAUUCCAAGACCCAACCUACAGAGAACAGAAGUAUGAAAUAGGUGUCGGGGUGUUCAUCGGCUGGGCGGGUUCCACCUUGCUGGUGGUCGGAGGUCUCAUUUACAGCAUCUUCGCCGGGAGGGAGGGAUGCCAGUCAAGCUAUAAAAGCGAGCCUGCCUACAUGUUACCUGAUCCCUUCUUAGCCUCGCCCCUAAAGAAGAAGGUACUUGGUGCAGAUGUUAGUGACAGCAGGAAAUCACAGAUCAGCAGCAUCAGUAGUAGUACUACUACUAGUAGUAGUAGUACUACAAGAAAUAGUAGUAAUAGUAGUAGUAGUAAGAGUGGCUCUGCAGUGACCAGCAGCACAAGAACAUCAGCCACUAACGCAUAUGUGUGAUGUCAUUGUUCAAUGUUUGCAUGUCACCCUUUGUCUCUUCCUAAUUGUACCUUUAAUUAUGACUGAUCAUACAAUCAUACAAAACCCAAAACCAGUAUAGUUGGCACGUUGUGUAAAUCAUAAAUAAAAACAAAAUAGAAUGAUCUGCAAAUCCUUUUUUCAACGUAUAUUCGUUUGAAUAAACUGCAAAGACAAAAUAGUUAACGUUCGAACUUGUUAACUGUGUUAUUUUUUGCAGAUAUUAGCUCAUUUGAAAUAUGAAGCCUGCGACGCGUUUUUAAAAAAAGCUGGCACAAGUGGCAAAAAAAAGACUGAUAACGUUGAGGAAUGCUCAUCAAACACUUAUGUGGGACAUCCCACAGGUGAACAAGCUAAUUGGGAACAGGUGGGUGCCAUGAUUGGGGGUAAAAGCAGCUUCCAUGAAAUGUUCAGUCAUUCACAAACAAGGAUGGAGGCGAGGGUCGGCACUUUGUGAACAAAUGUGUGAGCAAAAUGUCCCAACAGUGUAAGAACAUUUCUCAACGAGCUAGUGCAAGGAUUUAGGGAUUUCACCGUCUACUCUCCGUAAUAUCAUCAAAAGGUUCAGAGAAUCUGGAGAAAUCACUGCAUGUAAGCGAUGAUAUUACGGACUUUAAAUACAUCAGGCGGUACUGCAUCAAAAAGCGACAUCCGUGUGUAAAGGAUAUCACCACAUGGGCUCAGGAACGCUUCAAAAAACCACUGUCAGUAACUACAGUUUGUUGUUAUAUCUUUAAGUGCAAGUUAAAACUCUACUAUGAAAAGCCAAAGCUAGUUAUCAACAACACCCAGAAACGCCGCCACCCGAGCUCAUCUAAAAUGGACUGAUGCAAAGUAUGAAAGUGUUCUGUGGUCUGAUGAGUCCACAUUUCAAAUUGUUUUUGAAAAUUGUGGACCUCGUGUCCUCCGGAACAAAGAGGAAAAGAACCAUCCGGAUUGUAAUGGGCGCGAAAUUCAAAAUCCAGCAUCUGUGAUGGUAUGGGGGUGUAUUAGUGGCCAAGGCAUGGGUAACUUACACAUGUGUGAAGGCACCAUUAAUACUGAAAGGUACAUACAGGUUUUGGAGCAACAUAUGUUGCCAUAAAAGCAAUGUUAUCAUGGACGCCCCUGCUUAUUUCAGCAAGUAAAUGCCAAGCUACGUGUUACAACAGCGUGGCUUCGUCGUAAAAGAGUGCGGAAACUAGACUGGCCUGCCUGUAGUCCAUACAUGUCUCCCAUUGAAAAUGUGUGGUGCAUUAUGAAGUCUCAAAUACCACAACGGAGAUCCCGGACUGUUGAACAACUUAAGCUGUACAUCAAGCAAGAAUGGGAAAGAAUUCCACCUAAAAGGCUUCAAAAAUUGGUUUCCUCAGUUCCCAAAUGUUUACUGGGUGUUUUUUUUAAAGGAAAGGCCUUGUAACACAGUGGUAAAAAUCCCCCCUCUGACAACUUUUUUGCAAAUUUUUGCUGCCGUUAAAUUCUAAGUUAAUUAAUUUUUGCUACAAAAGAAACAUGUUUCUCAGUUGGAACAAUACAUCUCUUGUCUUUGCAGUCUAUUCAAUUGAAUAUAAGUUGAAAAGGAUUUGCAAAUCAUUCUAUUCUGUUUUUAUUUAUAAAUUACACAACAUGCCAACUUCACUGGUUGUGGGUUUUGUAAUGACAGUUCCCCCAGCAUUGUGCCAAUAAUGAGCAGCUGUUGCAAUCAUGUGUUUUCCUAAAUGUAAUAAGUCACUUAAAGAAAGGCUCUUGUUAAUGAAAAUGCAAAAUAUUUAAUUGCAAAAUAAAAAAAACUUUUGAAGAAACAAUA